GGGAUGCCCAGGUGCCACCCCCGGCACCGUGGCGGUGACGGUGACAGGGGUGUCCCCGCAGGACGCCAAGCCGCUGGAGGUCUACAGCGUGGACUUCAUGGUGGACGGCAGCCAGUUGGGAUUCCUGGUGUCGGACCGCGACCGGAACCUGCUGGUGUACAUGUACCUGCCUGAAGCCAAGGAGUCCUUCGGGGGGCUGCGGCUGCUGCGCCGCGCCGACUUCCACGUGGGGGCGCACGUCAACACCUUCUGGCGCACGCCGUGCCGCGGGCACGCCGAGGGGCCCAACCGGCGCAACAGCACCUGGGAGAACAAGCACAUCACCUGGUUCGGUGAGGGACACACCUGG